AUGACUGCCCUUGGAGAGAACCUCUUGGGGGUUGUCAAUAAGUUACAGGACCUCGUCUUCAACACCAUCGGCAACGACUCGCUUGAUCUCCCACAGAUUGUCGUCGUGGGCUCGCAGUCCUCCGGCAAAUCCAGUGUCCUCGAGAACAUAGUUGGCAGAGACUUCCUCCCUCGCGGUAGCGGCAUCGUAACGCGACGACCUCUCAUCCUCCAACUCAUCAAUGUACCAUCCGAACGAUCAGACAAAGACGAAGACCACGAAGUCCAUGUGCCACAUACUCCUGCCUCCGUAGCAGGCCAAGAUGAGUUUGCCGAAUUCAACCACAUCCCUGGCCGCAGGUUCUACGACUUUGCUGAAGUGCGAAGGGAGAUCGAGAAUGAGACAACGAGGAUAGCGGGAAACAACAAGGGUAUCAACAGACAACCUAUCAACUUGAAGGUCUACUCGCCGCAUGUGCUGAGCUUGACCUUGGUCGAUCUGCCUGGACUGACGAAAGUGCCCAUUGGAGAUCAGCCCACGGAUAUCGAGAAGCAGACACGAACAUUGAUCUCGGAGUAUAUUGCAAAGCCAAACAGCAUCAUCCUGGCAGUCUCGCCAGCAAAUGUGGACAUCGUGAACUCGGAAGCGUUGAAACUUGCGAGAUGGGUAGACCCGACUGGCAAGCGCACGAUCGGCGUGCUCACAAAACUUGAUCUAAUGGACCAUGGCACCAACGCGCUGGACAUCUUAUCUGGAAGAGUCUACCCGCUCAAGCUUGGCUUCAUUGGUGUGGUCAACAGGUCGCAACAGGAUAUCCAGACCAACAAGCCCAUGUCGGAAGCUCUGUCCAACGAGCGGGAAUUCUUCAGGAUGCACCCAGCAUACCGCAACAUUGCUUCCAGAUGUGGAACACAAUUCCUGGCCAAGACACUGAACGUGACACUUAUGGGACAUAUCCGCGAACGGCUACCAGAUAUUAAGGCGCGCCUGAACACACUCAUGGGCCAGACACAGCAGGAGCUCGCAUCGUACGGCACAGAUGCGUUCACUGGCAAAGAACACCGAGGUUCGCUCAUCCUUCAGCUUAUGACACGAUUUGCCACUUCUUUCAUUUCCUCCAUCGAUGGUACGUCUUCCGAGAUCAGCACCAAGGAGCUCUGUGGUGGUGCGCGCAUAUACUAUAUCUUCAAUUCUGUCUUUGGCAACUCUUUGGAAUCUAUCGACCCUACGCACAACCUCUCUGUGCUUGAUAUCCGGACUGCGAUUCGCAAUUCUACCGGACCACGACCAUCUCUCUUCGUACCAGAACUUGCAUUUGAUCUGCUCGUCAAACCACAAAUCAAGCUAUUGGAGAUGCCCAGCCAGAGAUGCGUGGAGCUAGUGUAUGAGGAGUUGAUCAAGAUAUGUCAUACUUGCGGCUCUACCGAGCUAUCACGAUACCCACGACUACAAGGAAAACUUAUUGAGGUUGUCUCGGAUCUGCUGCGCGAACGACUAGGCCCGUCUUCUUCAUACGUGGAGAGCUUGAUCUCAAUCCAACGAGCAUACAUCAACACUAACCACCCCAACUUUCUUGGCGCCGCAGCAGCUAUGAGUAGCGUAAUGCAAGACAAGCAUGAACGAGACAAAAAGGCCGCAGCUGCUGAGGAGAAGCGGAAACGCGAGACUCGCAGACGGAAGGAGCUAAAUGGUGUCAAUGGAGUAGAUACACCCGACGAAGAGGAAGAAGAAUCUCACAACACAGUCUUACCAGUACGAGCAGUGGCCAGACCGGCUGCGGCACGAAGCAUGUCCCCCGCCAUUGGUCGCGACGGCCAACGAUUAGGUCACCACGCUAACAGCAUAUCCGGCACCAACCCAGCCACAAUGGCUGGACGCGACAGCUUCCUGAACUACUUCUUCGGCAAAGAGAAUGGCCAACCUGGUCCUCUCCCAGGCCAAAUGCCAGGUCAAAGUGCCGCAGGCGGUCUACCGGGUAUUUCCAGCCGACACGUGAGCCAGAACAUCGAACCCUCGAUCGCAGCAAGUUUCAGAAGACCCGAUAAUCGCUUGUCGGCCUUGCCACCUGUCGACUAUAGUAAUGAGGACGGUAUGGGUGGGAUGAUGGGAGGAGAAGAGAGUAAUGGCCUGGUACGCUCCCCGCACUACGACAUGCUCAGUCAUCACCGAAAUGAUUUCACUGACAUCAACGGUGUACAGGACGAUCCCUCCGGCCCGGCCUUGACCGAACGCGAAGCCCUCGAGACCGAACUCAUUCGCCGGUUGAUCAGCAAUUACUUCAAUAUCGUGCGAGAGUCCAUCGCCGAUCAAGUUCCUAAAGCGGUCAUGCAUUUGUUGGUGAAUUUCUCCAAGGAUUCCGUGCAGAAUCGGCUGGUAAGUAAGUUGUAUAAGGAGGGGUUGUUUGAUGAACUGCUUUAUGAGGAUGAUGCGGUGAGGGACGAGAGGGAGAAAUGCGAGAAACUUCUGAACACUUAUAGGGAGGCGGCGAAGAUUAUUGGGGAGGUGUUGUAG